GCCUGUAGGUGGGUGUGUUUAACAGAAGGAAGCAAUGGGAACUCGCCUGUCAGCCAGCCUUUGGAGCUAAUUAGCUCAGCAUACAACAAAGAUAAGUGAGCCUGAGAGGAGGGCCCCCUGAGGGGUCUUUAGAUUCUGGGAAAUGUCUGAUUGGCAGAUGUUAAAAGGGAUUCUUUGGUAAUCCAGUGCAUCAAUGAGCUGCACAAAUUCAGUCCAGGACUGCAAGAAUUCAGGCAUGAGGACAUUCUGUGCAGGAGGCUCACACAGGCAGACCCGAGAUGGACAGAACCUUGGAAUCUCUGAGACAUAUCAUUGCCCAAGUCUUGCCUCACAGAGACCCAGCUCUAGUCUUCAAAGACUUGAAUGUUGUGUCAAUGUUACAGGAAUUUUGGGAAAGCAAGCAGCAGCAAAAGGCCACACUCCCAAGUGAAGGUGUGGUAGUCUAUGAGUCUCUGCCGUCUUCUGGGCCUCCCUUUGUGAGUUAUGUGACUCUCCCAGGAGGGAGCUGCUUUGGCAACUUCCAGUGUUGCUUAAGUAGAGCUGAGGCCAGACGGGAUGCAGCUAAAGUGGCCCUAAUCAACUCCCUCUUCAAUGAGCUGCCCUCUCGCAGGAUCACCAAGGAAUUCAUUAUGGAAAGUGUUCAGGAAGCAGUAGCCUCCACCAGCGGCACUUUAGAUGAUGCUGAUGACCCCAGCACAAGCAUUGGAGCCUAUCAUUAUAUGUUGGAGUCAAACAUGGGGAAGACCAUGCUAGAGUUUCAGGAGCUGAUGACCAUUUUCCAACUAUUGCACUGGAAUGGAAGUCUAAAAGCCCUUCGUGAAACAAAGUGUUCAAGACAGGAAGUCAUCUCCUAUUAUUCCCAGUACUCCCUAGAUGAGAAGAUGCGCAGUCACAUGGCCCUGGACUGGAUCAUGAAGGAGCGAGAGUCACCAGGAAUUCUCUCUCAAGAGCUACGAAUGGCCCUGAGGCAGCUGGAGGAAGCCAGGAAGGCAGGACAAGAACUUCGGUUUUACAAAGAAAAGAAAGAAAUCCUGAGCUUGGCCCUGACUCAAAUCUAUAGUGACCCUGACCCUUCCUUACCCAGUGAUGACCAGCUGAGCCUCACGGCCCUGUGUGGCUAUCACUAGCAAAGCCAGGUCCCAGAUGCUCCCAAGGACUAACAUUAAGUAGCUCUUUGAUGGAGCGCAUCAGUUUUAAGCAUUGGUAGCUACUACUAGAAGGUUGUCUUAAUUCUUCUACCCAUUCAUGCGCAGAAUGUGAGAAUAGUAGCACUCUUACAGAACCCAACAUCCUACUCUAUGCCUUUUUUUCCCAUCAUACUCUCAGUGAUUC